AUGAGUUUUGCUCUACCUUCUUCAAAAUUACCUCUUGUAUACCGACACCCCUACCAAGGAUUCGUCAAUGUUUUACCCUAUAUUGAUGGGGACUUAGACGCCAAAACUUAAAACAUAGUAUUGAAUGUUACACUAAACAGGUCGAUCGUCUGAUUCAAUAAGAAAUGUAAAACAUGGACCCUCAGGAUUAUUUGCAUGAAUUACCAAUGCCCUAAACGAAAUUAACAGAUCUAUUGAAAUCAGAGAUGGAAAGAGUCUAGCAAUAGCAACCCAUGAAUAAAAUCGAUUUCGAAUAGAAACCUAAUUUCAAUGAAGAGUUUUAAUCAACCCAUGAAAUUCAAGAGGCCAAUUAAUAAUUAAAUGUACUUAAUCAAUAUGCUUAAAUUAAGUAAUUCAAAAUCAUCAUACUUUAAGCAUAAUCAAUUCAGAAUUGCUCAAUAAAUAUGGCAAAGAAUCGUGGGCAUUAUUGCUCAAAUCAUAAGAAAAUGAGAAGAAUAGAUUAUCAAAUGAGGUUGUCAAGUAAUAGCAAGAAUUGAAUCAUAUUAAUGCAUAACGAAAAUACGAAUAAGUAACAUUUACCUCAUAUUAAGAAUGAAGUCAAAUAUAAAUUGGAUAGCCUAAAAGCUAAGGUUUAAGAAGUAUUGACAAAUAAUGCUCAAUUGGAAGUUGUUUGUGGAGAAUUAGAACAAGAAAUAUAUGACAAAUAAAGAAAAAAGUUAAAAUUGAAUUGA